CGGAUCCAGCUAAGAAAGAGGAAGGCGAAAAUAAGCAGACAGAGCGCGGCCGGACCGACACCGACCAGAGAGACGAUAAACAAUCUGAGAAGAAAUACAGUUGCAAUUGUGGUUGUGGCCGACUUUCGCCGGAGCGUAAUUUUCCUUUUGCCGGAGAUUCGGACUUCUUUCUUCGUGAUUUCUACGUUCUUGCGGGCGAAAAUGGCUUCGAAACCGUCUCCUAAGCCUGAGAUUGGGCCCGACGGUCUCGCCAGAGAAUCUCCGAUCAUCGCCUACACUGAGAAGGUUAUGUCCCUCUCUCUCGUUAUGGUUUUCAUUUCCAAUUACGAUCAGUUGGCCUAAUGAAGUUCUCAUCAUCUGGCAUUUGCAUUUUCCUUUCAGGUAAUUGCAGAAGAGCAGCUUCAAUUACACAAGUAAGUUAUUCACUACUCUCUUUUCCCUCACAAUUCUGUUUCGUUUGGAUCUGGUACUGUACGCAUAACGCAUUCUUCUGCCUAGAAUUUGGAUUCCUAGUAGUCUAGUACCACUGCUGUUCCUAAAUGCUUCUCUACUUAGCGCUUAUUGUUGAUUGGUACUCGAUAAUUCUGGGACUUAGAUGCCAUUUCUCUGAACCAGAAUUGCUGUAAUUGUUUGCUGAAGGUUAAGAUAUUUGAGAAAUUUAGGGGAGUCAUCACCAAUUCACCAUCGUUGUUUAUUUGUCUCCAUUAAAUGCCCAGCAUGCAUGAAUCUACAGGUUUCAGUAUCUUUAGUUGUCUGUAAUGCAGAUACAUUGCAGAAAACAAGUCGAUGCUACUUGGUGUAGAGCGAGAGCUUGCAAAUCUAUCCAUGGAGAUGAAACUAACUGCUGGACCUUAAAAAAGCUGGUUGGUCACUGCUGUUUACAUAUCCUGCUUCUUUCGUGUCUCGUUUCUUAUUUUCUUAUUGACUCCACUACCACCAUGUUGAAACGCCACAUGAUGACUUAAGCACUCGAGCAUCUGAAAAUGAAAAUUGAAGUUUCAACUGUAAAGAUUCGUCAAGCCAAGGUGAAGGAGGAACAAGCACGGAAGGUUAGGCCCCUAAGCCUUUAAACUCCCAACCUUAGCCACUUCUCUGUUAAAAGCAUUUAACCAGUUUUAAUUACCAUAAGCUGAUUUGGAAAUACAGUCUUUCAUAAUGCGUCGAGAAUGUUUAUGUUUUAGGCAUCGGAAGCAACACUGCAGGCGCGUUGAAAGAUGAGGAAGCAAUGAAGCAGAAGUUAUGUGAAGACUUGAAUCAACUGGUCCAAGAGAGCAGUGCCUCACAGUUUACUAGACUUGAAGAAUUAAAAAGUUGUCUGGAAGCUUUAAAUCCAAACAGAGUUUCUACUGCUUCUCCUCAUACCGGACAACCAGUGGGACCUAUGCAGAACAACCCGGUAACAGGUGCUUCCUCAGUUCCUCCAACACCACCACCACCAGAUAGUAGUGAAGACACUGGAAAUGCAGCUAACCAAGAACGUAACAGCCAAGUCCCAAACGGCCCAAAUCAACAGCAACCUGCUUCGGGAGGAGUUAAGAAGAAGGCUCAAGUCCAUGGAAAAGGAAGGGGUGUCCUUGGUGCUGUGCCCAAAAGACAACCUGGCUGGACUGGGGCUGGCUUUGAUGUAGAUGGCAGGAAUUAGAAGAGUCCCGCACACCUUAAAUCUCUCCUCAUAGUCAUAUGCCCAUUCCUUUUCUUCCUAAAUUGACCAAAUUGCUGCUUUGCAGCUUAACAAAGCUGUGACCGGGAAAGGAUCUCAUCAAGGUCGUCACCGAUUGACAUGAUAGUGUGCAGGUUAGCCGAUCGGUUCACCAAAGUGUUAAAGGGUUGGGUGCUCUUUGUAAAUUGUAAGAUCCCGGAACUCAUUCAGUUCCCCAUUUCACUCAUUCAGACUCGGGAUUCUUUUACAAGUAUAUUCUUGGCAUGUAGUUUCCUAUAUCAUUAGUCAGAAAACCCAUGAUGUUCAACAUGAAAUGUGUACUAGUUUGGCCAAACUAUGGCAUAUUGUUUCUUGGCAAUACUCAUCACAGUACUUACUAUUUGUUUGAAUUACAUACUCCACGCAGAUUCCUCCCUCCCUCUGUUUUACCAACUGACCCCGACAGGAUUCACCAGGUGCCAAUUCAGAUGGGACCAUUGAGAAGACGAGAGAUUGGCGAGAUCUGGGAAUUCCCCGGCCUUUCCGAGCUCCUACAAUCAUUUUCAUUUGAAUGAAUGAAUGAAAGAAGAAUAAAAAAAAAACGGUACUUUACUCAUACUCUUCCUUUCCCUGCCUUUUAUCAUACUUUGAUUGACAACACACCACUCCACAGGCACAGUUUCUGAAAUGCUUUUGCCUUCUUCUUCCGGAAAAAGAAAAAAGCUUUACCUUAGCCCUUAGCUAUUAUCUGGCUGGGUCCUUUAUCUUUUUAGAUUCAAGCCAGUCACAGUCUGGUAUGGUCAGUGGUCACGUAUAUCUUAUGAGAGUCAGUUCACAGACCGACUGCUGACUCCAUUAUUGAGCUGUGCUCACAUGGUGGCUAGGCCAGGCCAGGGAGGGAAUAUAUCGCUCACUGGCCCCAACUGUGGAGACUGUGCGAGGUGUAAUGCUUGAAAUGGAGGUGGAAUGGAAUAACCGAAUGGUGGUAGUGGUAAGUUGGUAACUGGUAAUACCUGAAAUAAAAGAUGACAAAAUCGUCUCACAGGGGUUUUUUUCAGGCUCCACUGACUGCAGAAUGUGACGUGGAAACUGUAUGCAGCACACAGAGUAGAGUCAGUAGAUGGAUAGGUGAAUUCACCAAACGAGACCGUGCAGCCGGGCGUCCAUAUCUGCGGUGGUGUUUUGGAUCGACUCACCAGGCCACCCGCCACUUUGUUGGUUCCUACGGAUGGGUUGGAUCACGGUGGAAGAGCUCGUCUUGAAAUUACGUGUGCACUGUUUUCAAAUUUCUUGAAAGGCGGUUUGUUUGAAUGUUCGUUCAUGUUCAUUGUAUUGUAGCAGAUGACGAUUAGAGGUGAUUAUUGAGUGGUUGAACCUAUAUAUUGACCUGUAAUUGAAGACAUUAUUUUGUGGAUGGUUUCUAUGUGUUGGUGGAGAUUGUAAAAUAGAUGGCCCACUAUAACUUGGGUGGGAGGGGUGGAUUGUGUAAUAAUCCACCCAAUUUUUUAAUGUCAAACCAUUGGAACUCUAUACCUAAACUAAAACCCUAAAUAUCACCAAAAAAAUCUCCCAAUUUCGAUAAGAAGAUCUUCACAAAUCUCUAGUUGCCAUUUCUUCUCAAAUUUGAACGAAUAUGCCAUUUCUUCUCAAAUUUGAAUGAAUAUCUUCUCAAAGU